AUGAAGUUCUUUCUAUUGACAAUGGUCCUGCAGGCCAUUGCUGCUUCUGGAGCUGCUUCUUUGAUAAGCUCUGAAGAAAACCAAGAUAAAUUUGCUAGUGAUUACUUGAUACGGUUUUACAACUUCGACCCGAAGAACAUUCCAAUGACAAAAAUGAAAGUCAAUACAAACUUCAUGGAGAAAAAAAUCCAGGAAAUGCAGCAGUUCAUGGGGUUAAAUGUGACUGGGAAACUGGACAAAUCGACUCUGGACAUGAUGCGCAGACCUCGAUGCGGAAUGCCUGACGUUCAUCAGUUCACCACAAUGCGAGGGAGGCCAGUAUGGAAGAAAUAUUUUAUCACUUACAGGAUCAAUAAUUACACUCCUGACAUGAAGCGUGAGGAUGUUGACUAUACCAUCCAGAAAGCUUUUCAAGUAUGGAGUAAUGUGACCACCCUGAAAUUCAGAAGGGUUAACACAGGCGAGGCGGACAUUAUGAUACAUUUUGUACUUGGAGCUCAUGGAGACUUCAGUCCUUUUGAUGGCAGAGGUGGAGUUGCAGCUCAUGCUUACGGACCUGGACCUGGUAUUGGAGGAGACGCACAUUUUGAUGAGGCUGAAUUCUGGACUAAAAACUACAGAGGCACCAACUUGUUCCUAGUUGCUGUUCAUGAGUUUGGCCAUUCCUUGGGUCUUGGCCAUUCCAAUGAUCGAAAGGCCAUAAUGUUCCCCACCCUCAGUUAUGUUGAUCUUAAUUCAUUUCCUCUCUCUCCUGAUGAUAUACGUGGCAUUCAGUCUCUCUAUGGAGGUCCAGAAAAAGACAAACCCUCAUUAAAUCCUAACACUGGAGGAUCAGCUGCCUGUGAUCCUAAUAUGAAAUUUGAUGCUAUCACUACAAUGGAAAAUAAAAUCUUUUUCUUUAAAGACAGGUUCUUCUGGUCGAAGCUUCCUACGAGUCCAAAAAGCAAUGCUAGUUUAAUUUCUUCUUUAUGGCCAACCUUACCAUCUGGUAUUCAAGCUGCUUAUGAAAUUGGAGCUAGAAAAAAAGUUUUUCUUUUUAAAGAUGAUAAGUACUGGUUAAUCAGCAAUUUAAAACCACAGCCAGGCUAUCCCAAGAGUAUACAUUCCUUGGGAUUUCCUGACUUUGUGAAAAAAAUUGAUGCAGCUGUUUUUAACCCAUAUCUCUAUAAGACCUACUUCUUUGUGGAUCAUCAGUAUUGGAGGUAUGAUGAAAAGAAGCAAUUCAUGGACUCUGGUUAUCCCAAAUUGAUUACCACACACUUUCUAGGAAUUAAGCCUAAAAUUGAUGCUGUGUUCUAUUACAACAGACACUACUAUUUCUACCAAGGAUCUAAUGUACUUGAAUACAAUGUCCUACACCAUCGUGUCACCAAAAGGCAGAGAAGCAGCAUUGACUUUGAUUGUUAGAAGUGGUAUAAUUACUGGUGUUUGUCAAUUCACUUCUAUUUAAUCAGUAUUUAUGGCAUACUUGUUACAUGCCCAGUGUACCAUUAAAUCAUGACAUGUAUCAUAAAAUAAGAUAAAAUAUGUUGGACAUAGAUAAAUGAUCAUAUUGGUAAAUUAUUAUACAAAACACAUACGACUUUAUUAUUGGAAAACUCUCAUUGUCAGUUUUUACUUGACUCUGCUAUUAAGUUUGAAAUUAGAGAACUUCGGUGGACAAGAGCAUAUCUUGGUCCCUAACAUCCUUAUACUGAGAUUAUAAUUAUUUCUCUGGCUUAACCAAAAUUAAGCAAUGAUUCAUUUCUUUGACCAUUAAAUGUUUCCACAAGUGUAUAAUUUUAGUUGGAGUAAAAGUAGAAUAUACCUAGAACUGA